UUAUUUCUUCCGUGUUUCACUCUUCUCUCUCUCUCUCUCUCUUGCUCUCUCUUCUUCAUUGAUUCUGUGUGAUAAGAUACAAAUUUCGUGAUUAGUAGCGAAAGAGAGAAGAAUCCUUGGAGCAUUUCCAUGGAUUCGUUUCGAUUUCUCCGGAUUCUUCUUCUAUCAUCUUCGAUUCUACUCUUAUCCCUCCCUUCUACGGUCACCGCCGGUGAUAUUGUUCAUCAAGACGAUUUAGCUCCCAAGAAACCUGGUUGCGAGAAUGACUUCGUUUUGGUAAAAGUUCAAACGUGGGUUGAUGGUGCUGAGAAUGUGGAGUUUGUUGGGGUUGGAGCUAGAUUUGGGAGGCGGAUUGUGUCCAAGGAGAAGAAUGCAAACCAGACACACCUUGUUUUUGCAAAUCCUCGUGAUUCUUGUACACCUCUCAAGAACAAGCUUUCUGGAGAUGUUGUUAUUGUGGAACGGGGAAACUGUAGGUUCACAGCAAAGGCAAAUAAUGCAGAAGCUGCUGGUGCCUCUGCUCUACUCAUCAUUAAUAAUCAGAAAGAACUUUACAAAAUGGUUUGUGAACCGGAUGAAACGGACUUAGAUAUACAGAUUCCUGCUGUUAUGCUCCCGCAAGAUGCUGGCGCAAGCUUGCAAACGAUGCUAGCCAAUAGUUCAAAAGUGUCCGCACAGCUUUACUCCCCAAGACGACCAGCUGUUGACGUAGCUGAAGUUUUUUUGUGGCUAAUGGCUAUCGGUACCAUUUUGUGUGCUUCUUAUUGGUCUGCAUGGAGCGCCCGAGAAGCAGCUAUUGAUCAUGAUAAACUACUGAAGGAUGCUAUAGAUGAAAUCCCUAACACAAAUGAUGGUGGUAGCGGUGUCGUAGAGAUAAAUACUAUUUCAGCAAUUUUUUUCGUAGUUCUUGCUUCGGGAUUCCUUGUGAUGCUUUACAAGCUUAUGUCUUAUUGGUUUGUGGAGCUUCUUGUGGUUGUUUUCUGCAUUGGUGGUGUUGAGGGUUUGCAAACUUGCCUCGUUGCAUUACUAUCAAGAUGGUUCCAACGUGCUGGAAAUGCUUACAUAAAAGUCCCUUUCCUUGGACCUAUCUCUUACCUGACUCUUGCAGUAUCUCCUUUCUGCAUUGUCUUUGCUGUUCUCUGGGCUGUUUACCGAGUUACCUCCUUUGCUUGGAUUGGGCAAGAUGUUCUUGGUAUCGCAUUGAUCAUCACAGUACUACAGAUUGUUCAUGUCCCAAAUCUAAAGGUUGGGACAGUUCUUCUCAGCUGUGCCUUCUUUUACGAUAUCUUCUGGGUGUUUGUUUCGAAGAAGUUGUUCCACGAAAGUGUAAUGAUUGUUGUAGCUCGUGGUGAUAAGAGUGGAGAAGAUGGCAUCCCGAUGUUACUGAAGAUUCCGCGCAUGUUCGAUCCUUGGGGAGGCUACAGCAUUAUUGGAUUUGGUGAUAUUCUUUUGCCUGGUUUGCUAAUCGCAUUUGCUCUCAGAUAUGAUUGGUUAGCUAACAAGACUCUUAGAACCGGCUAUUUUAUAUGGGCAAUGGUUGCCUACGGAUUAGGUCUUUUGAUAACUUACGUGGCGCUAAACCUAAUGGAUGGACACGGCCAACCCGCACUGCUCUACAUUGUCCCGUUUACACUCGGAACAAUGUUAACGUUAGCUCGAAAACGAGGCGAUCUUUGGAUUCUAUGGACAAAAGGAGAGCCAGAAAGGGCUUGUCCUCACCAUGUCCGGCUUGAACAGUGCUCUGAGUGAUGAGACGUCCUGACCAAAAACUGAACUCAAAAGACUUUUACAAAAAGGGAAAAAGAAAGCCUUGGGGUUUGUAACCAAUGUAACGUAAGUUGUAAGAUUAUUUUCUCUUCAAUCCUUUUUUAAUCUUGUGUUGUUUGUGUUACUUACUUACACCAUCAUUACUAAAGAAGAUUCCAUUAUCGUUCUUUGUCUAUAUGGUUUGUUUCUUUUUGUAAGAAAGUGGUUAAGUGUGUAUAAACGUAGGCAACUUUCUAAGCUCUUGUGGACAAUUUUGUAAUUUAAAUAAUAAUAUAUUUUUCCUCUGGUUUCAUUGUU